AUGGCAGAUAGCGGAAACACCAGGGACCGGCCCACGCAGGACGAGUUGCGGCGGUUCCAUAGGCUUGUGGCAGACUUUCAUGCCGGCGUCGACGUGAGGGACCGCAAGUACCACCUGCGGACAUACCCCAAUGUCUUUGUUGGCUCCGAGGCGGUGAGCUGGCUGGUCGAGUCGAGCAUUGCCGCAGAGCGGACGGAAGCUGUGCAUAUCGGUCAGAUCCUGCUCGAGGCUGGUAUCUUUGGCCAUGUCAAGAGCAAGCACGGCUUUAAGGACGAGCAUCUGUUCUAUCGAUUUGCCGACCACGCCGGGGCGCCGAGCCGCCACGAUUCGGACGACGAGUCAGAGGCCGGCACGCCGCUGCCAGACAACGCAGAUUCAGAGCUGUGGUCGUCGGCCGGCUCGUUUAUGCUCCAGGUCGCUGGUAUUCCCAUGGAGCGCAAGAUCUCCGUGGUCGAGGAGUUGUUCCACGAUGCGCCGCCGGCGAGCCUGGAGGAUCUCGCUCUCGCGCCCGACGACGAGCACAACCAAGCGCUGGUGGCCAACGUCCAUCCGCUCGACUGGGAGUCGCCGGUGGACAACGCAGACGAACGGUACAACUUUGUGGUCAUCGGCGCAGGCACCGCCGGCCUCGUCACCGCCAUCGGCUCGGCCGGCUUUGAGGCGCGGGUCGCCAUCAUUGAGGAGCACCUGACCGGAGGCGACUGUCUCAACGUCGGCUGCGUCCCGUCCAAGGCCCUCAUUGCUGCCGGCCAUGCGGCGUACCGUGCCCGCAACGCCCACGAGUAUGGCGUGACGGUCGACAGCGUCUCGGUUGACUUUGGCCAGAUCAUGGAGCGCAUGCGCGAGAUCCGGGCCGAGAUCUCGGCCGACGACUCGGCGCACCGGCUGAAGGAAAACGGCGUCGACGUCUUUUUCGGCCGCGGCAAGUUUAUCGACGCCAAGUCGAUCGAGGUCAACGGCGUAGUGCUCAACUUUAAGCGAGCAUGCAUCGCGACCGGCGGCCGGCCGGGCAUCCCCAACAUUCCGGGCCUCGCCGAGGCCGAGCCGCUGACCAACCUCUCUGUCUUCAACCUUACCGAGCUUCCGUCGCGGCUGGCGGUGAUCGGGACCGGGCCGAUUGGGUGUGAGCUUGCCCAGACUUUUGCCCGCUUCGGCUCGCUGGUUGUCCUCACCGGGCGGUCGGGCUCGAUCCUGCGCAACGAGGAACCCGAUGCCGCCGUCGUUCUACAGGCGCAGCUCGAGGCCGAAGGCGUCGACCUCCGGCUCAAUCUCGAGUACAUCUCGGUCCGUACCGAUCCCGAGACCGGAGUCAAGAUCUUGGUCGUCCGCGAGGACGGCGCAGACGUCGAGACCGAGAUUGUCGUCGACGAGAUCCUAGUUGCCGCCGGUCGCAAGCCGAACGUUGAUAACCUCGGCCUCGAGGCUGCCGGCAUCGAGUACUCGCCGCUCCACGGCAUCGCUGUCAACGAUUCGCUGCAAACAACCAACUCUUCGGUCUACGCUUGCGGUGACGUCGCGUCGUCGUUCCAGUUUACCCACAUGGCCGACGCCAUGGCUCGCAUCGUCAUCCGCAAUGCGCUUUUCUUUGGCUCGGCCAAGGUCACCGACCUCGUUGUUCCCUGGUGCACGUACACCUAUCCCGAGGUCGCGCACGUCGGGCUCUACGAGCGCGAUCUCGAGCGCGCCGGCGCGUCGUACACAGUGUGGAAGCGCGAGCUUGCCCACAAUGACCGCGCGCUUUGCGAGUCCGAGACCGCCGGCUUUGUCAAGGCCUUCACCGACGCCAAGGGCCGCAUCCUUGGCGCCACCAUUGUCGCCGAAAAGGCGGGCGAGAUGAUUUCUGAGUUUACCAUUGCCAUCAAGCACAAGAUCCCCCUUGGCGAGCUCGGCAAUGUCAUCCACCCGUACCCGACGCAGGCGUUUGAGAUCAAGCGGCUCGGCGACGACGCCAACCGGGCCCGUCUCACUCCGCUCGUCUUCAAGCUUCUCAAGACCGUCGUCAAGCUGCGGCGGUAGACAAUGUCUGCCUCCCCCCCCUCUCCCCCCCCCCCACACGCGCGCGCA